AUGAAGUUCACGGAGGGCAUGUGGCUCCUGCGGGAGGGCAUCCGGAUUGACUGGAUGAGCAACGUCGAACGAUUGAAUGUCGAUAAGGACACAGUAGACCUGUUGCUAAACAAGUUCCAGCGCCACCGAGGAGAUACACUGAAUUCGCCUACCGUCUCCGCCCGGGUUACUUCCCCAUUGGAGGGAAUUAUCGGAGUCAAACUUGUCCAUUGGGCCGGCGGCCUAGACAACGGCCCUCACUACGAACUCAGCACCUCCUCAGGCCAUGCCGAGAUAACACACGAGCAGGGAAAGAGCCUGAAGUAUACCAGCGGACCGCUAGAGCUUGACAUCAAUACCGCGCCCAACGAGCUCGGUUUCACAUUUACCACCUCCAGUGCGAAUGACCAGACCAAGAGGAAGAAACUGACCGGCCACUCAUUCCGCUCAAUCGGGUACGUCGGCGAUUCCACUACCUCCAAAUCCCAGUUCAGCGAUGGCAUCUUCUACGAGCGACAAGGGUACACGCUCGCCGAGCUGGAUCUGAGCGUUGGCGAGAAAUUAUAUGGAUUAGGCGAACGGUUCGGCCCCUUCGUUAAAAACGGACAGAGCGUGAAUAUCUGGAACGAAGAUGGUGGAACCUCGUCUGAGCUUGCAUACAAGAAUAUCCCGUUCUAUGUCAGCUCGAAUGGGUAUGGGGUUUUCAUCAACCAUGCUGGCAAGGUUAGUCUGGAGCUACAGUCUGAGCGUACGACCAGGGUCAACGUUUCUGUUGAGGGCGAGGAGCUGGAGUACUUUGUUAUCGAGGGGAAGAACCCUAAGGAGAUUUUGAAGAGAUGGACAGAUCUUACGGGGAGGCCUGCGUUGGUUCCUGCUUGGAGUUAUGGGUUAUGGCUUACGACUAGCUUCACAACAAACUACUCUGAACAAACUGUUACCGGCUUCCUGGACGGCUUCAAAGAGCGCAACCUCCCGCUCUCGGUCUUCCACUUCGACUGUUUCUGGAUGAAAUCUUAUCAAUGGUGCGACUUCCAAUUCGACGCAGACAUGUUCCCCGAUGCAGCAGGCUACCUGACGCGUCUGAAAGAGCGAGGCCUGAAACUCAGCAUCUGGAUUAACCCGUACGUCGGGCAAGCGUCGCCGCUGUUUGAGGAGGGUAAGCGCGAAGGAUACUUCAUCAAGCGGACCGACGGCUCCGUCUGGCAAUGGGACCUCUGGCAGGCUGGCAUGGCGGUGGUCGAUUUCACGAACCCCGCUGCGGCGACGUGGUACACCUCACACCUGAAGCGUCUGAUGGACUUGGGAAUCGACACCUUCAAAACGGACUUUGCGGAGCGCAUCCCGGUCCGGGGUAUCAAGUACCACGAUGGCUCCGAUCCAGCUCGUAUGCACAACUACUACGCCCUCCUUUACAAUAAAAUCGUCUACGAGACCAUGACGUCUAUCUCCGGUCCAUCCAACAGCCUCCUCUUCGCACGAUCCACCUCCGUCGGUGGACAGAAAUACCCCGUCCACUGGGGCGGCGACUGCGAGUCCACCUACGAAGCGAUGGCCGAGUCCCUGCGCGGCGGCCUGAGUCUAGGACUAGCAGGGUAUAUCUUCUGGGCAAGUGACAUCGGCGGGUUCGAGGGGACACCCCCGCCGGCGCUGUAUAAGCGGUGGGUGCAAUUCGGGUUGCUUUCCUCUCACUCGAGACUACACGGGAGCUCAUCAUUCCGUGUCCCCUGGAUUUACGGCGAAGACUGCUCCGAUGUCCUAAAGGACUGCGUGAAGAGAAAGAUCGCUCUCACGCCCUAUCUCCUCGCCGAAGCGUUGAACGGGUACAGAACAGGCACACCUCUGAUGAGGCCUAUGUUCGUGGAGUUCCCAGACGAUCUGAACACGUACCCGCUCGACACGCAGUAUAUGUUUGGCUCCAACUUACUCGUUGCACCUGUAUUUUCGGAUGAAGGGACCGUGACAUUCUAUGUCCCCCGCACCCCUGAAGACGAAGCAGGAAAAGGAAAGUGGAUAUCCUGGUUCGACCACAGCAAAACCUACGAGUCUGGACGGUGGUAUACCGAGACACACGGAUUCGAGACGCUCCCGAUCCUGGUUCGACCUGGCUCCGUGACGCCCGUCAACUACAAGCUUGAGAAGCCGGAGGGUGAUCCGCUGGAUGGGUUGGAGGUUCUUGUUAAUGGAACGAUUGGUAAGGUGGAGGUUGAGAUUGUGGAUCCCGAGACGACGCAUGAGGUUUUGAAGGUCUUGAGUGUCUCUGCGGAGAACGGGGAUGGUGUCGUUGCAAGGUUUGGUGGGGAUGAUGAGGGCAGCGUCGAGGUUAACUGGGUUGGGAAUUAG